CAAGCGGAUCUGCAAGCAACUCAAGGCUUAGUCGUCUCCCUUGCCCCAAAGGCUUUGGUUCAAAGAUUUGUACCAGAACGCAAAGCGAAACUGGAGCCCGUAAACAUCCUGGUUCCAGUUGUUCCUUCAGUUUUCCCAAAACGUCUUCAAGAACUUCCAGAGAUGCCACGAUCAUUCCAAGAAGACCUAUCUAAGAGCCUCUCUAUAGAAGUGCCAGAUGAGGAAACCCCGGAGCCACUAACCAAUUCUGUGCCUUUUGAAUCGCAAGAAGCGCUACCUAAUCUUAAGUCACUUCAAGAAAACACUGAAGCUUUUGGAUCGCCACAGCCACCGAUACAAUUCACAGGCACGUCACCCUCGAAACCUCUUGAACAUUUGGUUUCUGGUGAUUUAAAACAGUUAUCUCAAGAGCUGCAAGAAGCCUCACAAGAAUUGCAAGCAGGACCUCGUUCAAUCUCCAAUGAGUUAUCGAAUAGCAUCCCGUUUCCCUUUCCUUCGAUCCCACAAGAAGUACCAGAGCUUCCCCCACUAGACACUUCUGCUCAAUUGAUACAAGAACAAUUUUCCCGACCAAAUCUGUUGCCAUUGCUCAUUCCAUCAGCUCAGAAACCCCCCAUACCUUUAGCACCGCCAGUAGUCACAUCGGAAAUUCCACCCGAACGGCGCUACACUACGAUGAAAGUCGAAACCGUGAAACCUAUCUUGCAAGAACAAUUUUCUCGACCAAAUCUGCUGCCAUUGCUUAUUCCAUCAGCUCAGAAACCACCCAUACCUUUAGCACCGCCCGUAGUCACAUCGGAAAUUCCACCCGAACAGCGCUACACUACGAUGAAAGUCGAAACCGUGAAACCUAUCUUGCAAGUAAAACCUCAAAGAAAUCUCAGGAUUAAAUCACCUUUCAUCCGUCCUGAUCGAACACCUACGGAGGAAGGAUUAUGGUGGACACCAAAACCAAGUUUUCUUGGUAAUCCCGCAAACUCUGUUGCUUUUAGCGAGCCUAAAAAAAAGAAGCCGCGGCUAUUACGGAAAGGUUAUAAGACGGUGGGUUAUUUCUAUUUAAUACUUUUGAGUAUUGAUUGGUUUUCUCUAUUUAUGAAUGACGCAAACAAUAAUUGA